GCGGGCAGGGAGCGAGCGGCUCCGGUUGCGUUAGUCACUCUAGGACUUUCUCCUGCCUGGCAUGAGGGUGGGGAGGGGGUACCGCUGUGCCUUGCCUCUACUUCCUACUCUGUGAUGUGAGGCACAGGCAUGCUCAGUAGCCGGUGUCUACCCCUCCUACCUCAGCAACAGUGCCUACAAUACUAGGAGACUGCUGGCAGCAGGAGCAGAGCCGGAAAGCCAUCUUUGCUGGAGAGGGAGGCAGCAGACCCUGAGCCGCUCGGCUGCACACCAUGUCUUCUCCAGUUCCUACCCAAGGUCCCACCACUGCUGGGGCUGCAGGGCCACCUCCUGCUACCAAUGUGUCAAGUAACAAACGGCUGCAGCAGACACAAGCCCGGGUGGAUGAGGUGGUAGACAUCAUGAGAAUGAAUGUGGACAAGGUGCUAGAAAGAGACCAGAAGCUAUCAGAGCUUGAUAACCGGGCAGAUGCGUUGCAAGCAGGUGCCUCACAGUUUGAAACCAGUGCAGCCAAACUGAAGAGAAAAUACUGGUGGAAAAAUUGCAAGAUGAUGAUCAUCCUUGGUGUAGUAUGCGCAGUCAUUCUCAUUAUAAUUAUAAUUUAUUUCUCCACUUGAAAAAGCGAAGAAGGAAGACUUGGCACAACUUUGUUCAUAAUCAACCAACGACAUCAGUGUUCCUUUGUUGAACUCCGCUUUUUAAUUCCCGGUGUCUUGGGAUUUUUGCUUGUAAUAAUCCAUAAGCAUUCGGUGUGGUGUGUUUUGGAAUUCUGUUGUUUCCACAAGAAACUGUACCAGCUAAAUACUGCCAAGUAGUUCCAUACACUGUAUUAUCACUGUGUCUUAAAAUGUGUACGCACUGACCUUCAGAAACUGUAGUUUAUGAAAAGCAUCCUAAACAUUUCAGAAUCAGAGAAUGCAGCUAUGAGGAAGCUCCUGCUUAAAGGGACACUGUCAGGUGGAUUGGAACCAAACCUAAGGUUACAGCAAACAUUAGGGCUAAAAUUCUCAAUCUAAGCACCUAAAGUUGGAUGGCAAAAUCCACCAUCAGAUGUAACUUUUUGAGGUAGUGAGUAUCUGCCACUCCCAUUUAAGAAAGUGGUACCUUCAAAUAUGCGUGUAAAGCAUCUUAUUUCAACUUAGCCAACCAAACAUAGACUUUUUGAGAUUAGUUGUAGUGUCCAAGCAUAAAAACAUUGCCUGCAGAAAAUAAAUAGGACUGGAUUAUCAUCUGUUGAGGAUUUAAAUUUUUCCUUAUGGGGUGUUCCAUACAACCAGGAUGGCCUCAAUACAAAAGCCAGAAAGAGAACUGUAUGACAACCAAAAAAGCAUUAGCUAGCACGAUCUUGAAAAAGCCCAAUGAAAUGCAAAAAUGGUAAUACAAGCAUCAUAAAUGUCCAAGAUACAGACUCUUGCUAAAAACUCAAGGCACUGUUUGUCAGACUUCAUGGGACUCCCUUGAAUGCUAGUCCCCGGUACUUAUGGCCCUAACUUAAAGCACAUGAAGAACUUUGGUGAUGUUUGUGGCUUCCCUGCACAAUUGUAGGAAGCCACCUCUGCACCAUUUUGCAGAAAUGGUCCCCACUGUGAGGACCAUUAAAAAAUCAGGAAGAAAAAGGUAUGGGUAAAUAGAGGGAACAGUGGAGAGAAGCCAAGAAAGGGAAGGGUGUCUAGCAAAGCUUUCCUGGAGAAGAGGAAGGCAGAGAAACACUGUUCCAAAGUGGUGGUGUUAUUAGGCUUCUUAAAAAUUUAUUUUAAUUUGUGUGUGUGUAUAGUUCAUAAACUAUAGUGUCGUCUUUGUAAAGUGCUCAGCUGAGAUAUUUUUCAUACUCAAGUAGUUUAAACUAACAGUUGAUAUAAUUAAAAGAAAUGAUACAUUGCAGUUUGAGAGAAAGUUCUUGUGUGCUGUUGUUGUAGGGUUUCUCCCAAAUGUUGAAUUCCUUGGGUUUAAUUUUUUAAACACUGAAUAGGUUAGUCAUAGUUAACCAAACUAAAAAUUAAUUAUCAAAUUUUGAGCCAGGAAAUUCUGAAAGGGUCUUUUUAGACCUUUUUAGACUCCUUCAGAAUUUCUAACAUGAAUUUGUAGAAUUAAAAAAAAAAAGGUUAUUUGUUCUUUUUGUCUGCAAUUUAAUUAGGGCUGCGGAGCAUUUCUCUUAACAUGGUCUUAGAUUUAAAAAAACAGAGACCCAGACCAGUUCAUUGCAGUGGAUGCAUAUACAAAUUGUGCUUAACUAGAAUUUUGCAGAGAGAAAAAGCAAUGAUCAUUUGAACGGUUCCAGUUGCAUUUUUUCCCUAUAUAUUUAUUACUUCAUAUUCAUAUUUGCUGUUUCAUAUCAUUAAGUAGUAGGUGGCCACAGUCUUAAUGAAACUUUCAAAGUUAUUAGUGUGCUACUGGACUUCAUGGUAUGCCCUGUUCACUUCAGUCCUUCAGCGGAGUGAGUACAUCAAUAAUUCUAAAAUCCUCCUGGGCCAGACAGAAAAUUCUGCUGUCAUUAAGGGCCUGACUCCAUGAGGUGCCAUAACUGAAUACUACAUAUAAGUGAGCCUUUGCUGGAAAAGGAAUAAGCUGUCCAACUUCAGGACCCUUUUUAAACUACUAAGAUAUUUGGCUAGCUGAUAUAAAGGAAUUGCCUCGUAAGAGUGAGACCCUGCCACCCUUACCCAUGUUGAGAAUGGCUCGAUCCUCACAGGGCUUCUCUACGGGAAUGCUGAAAGGACUCAUGAGAUGAAGAUAGCUUUCACUGGAGAUGGUAUGAUCAGUAAGGUUAUAUGCUGACACACAUCCUUAAUGUAGACGGUGCCUUCUCCUAUCAGAGUCGGAACUAACUACGUAGCUGAUAUGGCUGCAAAUACACUUCAAAGAGUUUGAAUCCUCUAGCUACAAAGAUGCAGUUUCCAAAUGAAACUGUAAUGAAACUGCUAUAAAGAUGCAAAGCUUACGUCCUCCUAGGUAACCUAUCUCAAGCAAGUUAACAAUGAAAGCGGGAGCUUUAGGGGAGCUUUAGGGGAGAGUUGGGAAGAGUUGGGAAGAGAAACUUGUGGUUGUGGAAUGUACUCAUUCUCCCCAAAACAGUAACUAAUGAGGAUAACUGAUAAAUGUUGGUGAGAAUUUGCAAGGAAGAGUUUAGUCAAGAAACCUAGCCUUGCGUGGGUUGUAAAAUGUUUGUGAAGAGACAAUUUUCUCCUGUGUGCUAAUGAAAUAUACUAAAUUGAUGUGUUUAGCUCUUACAAGUAGUUUGCAUGUAGUGUGCUUGUGAACGCUCAACAUUUGCUAGUUGUGCUGUGCUGGUUGGUUGCAAUUGGUAAGAUAAGCCAUGUAACAUUUCUAAUUCAGCCCAGGAAGCAUGAACAAGUAUGUCCUUCCUUGAUGUAAAGACCCAGAGUUGGACUGCUCCUGCAGAGGGUUAAUUCUUCUGCAAGGAGAAUAUGGUAAUAUAGGACUGCUCAGGGUCAUAGAUUGUGCAACACCAUCACCUAUACGCAGAUUGGUACAGAGGACAAUCUAUAUCAACACAGUUGGAGAUGUUAUUUGUGUUGAAGCCAGGAUUGAUUGCUUUCCACUCACUGCCUCUACAUUUAAAAUGUCCAUGCAUAGUCAAAACUGCCUACUUGUAAAUUUCCCAUUAAAAGGCUAAGUCAUUCUUCUUUAGUUAGCACUGAUUAGAAUUUCAAUUACUGGGUAGAAUUUCAACUACUACUCUUCAUCACUAACUACUGCCUAGGCUUGGGCUGGUAAAAAGGCGCAAAAGGGCUUCCUUUUACCACACCCCGGCAAACCCUCGGGGACUGCAAGCUGAUUGCUUUCUGACUGCCAACUUGGGGACUGAACCGAAGACUUCUCUGGCUGGAAGCAAGGAUUUUUAUUGCUUUAGCUGGAGUUAGAUAUUGUUUGAGACUUGCAUAGUCUAUCCUUAUAAGAAGCACUUAUUUUUCCUCUGAUUUCUGGGCUACAGCUAGGAUGCUAGCAUGAUAUGCCAUUCAGAAACAGCAUAGCUGAAAUGGGGUGGUGAGGAGCUGGUCUGUGUUAGUACCACUGCUGCUGUUUGGCUUGCCAAUGAAUGCACAUCAGCUUCUGAGGUUGAAGAAGUGUUAUUUGCAUCCACUGUCCACAGGCUAGUAAGGGCCUGCUUAGGCAUUACACCUUCUUCCUUCUAAUUUAGCUCACCUUGCAAUAACAUAAACGUGGCUUUAAACCUAAAAAAUUGGUACACAGAACUUGCAGGAGCAAGUAGCAUGGAAGCCCAAACAGGGACACUUGACCUGUUUUCGCUUGACAUUAUGUAACAGCACAGUCAAUCCAACAUAGUCCAACAUAAUCCAAUAUUAUUAGAAGGAGGAGGGGAGAAUGUGAUAAAGAUUCUGAAUGUAACCUAGCGUCUGUAGGACAAGAAGUGAUUUAGAAGUGUAGUCAGUUCAAUUUUUAAAGCUGGCACUUUAAUUCUAUUCGAACCUGCAUGAGGUUAGCCCCAGGAACAGUUCAGGCAAAUAAAAUACUUGGCUGUUUUCUUUUUAAAUAGUGAUCUCCCAUAAGUGACUUAAACACCCACAAUGACAGAAGAACAGGACAGUAUUAACUGUGCAAGGAAUUAAUUAGAGCAGCCACAAUCUGCUAUGUAUUUGUCUGGGUAGCAAAAGCUUUUGAAAUUCUUCUGUUUCUGUGUCUCAUUUCUGUCACUGGUCCUCUGACAGGGCUUUACAUAACUUUAACUUUAUGAGCAGCUGAGCUACAUCUUGUCUGAAUACAAUGGAUUUUUACCUCUUAAGAGCAAGUUCAUCACUUGACAUCCGUGUUAGAGCAUACCUGUAAAACAAUGAUGUCUGCUCCUCAGAGGUGCAUCUACUAUGGAAGACUCAAACUUCAGGAACUCUUAGUAGCUCAGAUGUUACUAAACUCUUCUUCAUGCUCUUAUAGAGUGAGUUUUUUUUCUAGUCCGUGGGACGUUAUCCACCCAGUGGGACUAUGUAUAAUCUAUUAUUUUUUUAUGACAGCGUCUUGAUCGCAGAUGUUGGCACUAGACCUUCGCAAAGAAAUUAGAGAGCACUUGGGUGUGGUCCAGGAUUUAUAUCACAACCCUGCUUCUCCUGCCCUUUAAACGGGGAAGAGGGCUAAACCAGUAGCCAUAUAAGGGAUUGGGCUUGCUCCCAAUGUACACAGUGAGUAUUGGAGAAAGGCCUCAAAGAGAUCAAAGUCUCUUUUGUCUGGAUUCAUGACUUGAUCUGAACUUUAGACCUGUAACAGAUCAUAACCUUUGGGCCCUCUGUGUAGUCAGAAGAGUGAGAUGCUCUUCCAGCCAGUUAUUCCUCUCACCUGAGUUAGGUCCCUCUUGCUAGAUGAGAUACAUUUCAGCCUGUGUUUCUUCAUGCAAGAGGAAGCACAAACACCCUUAAAUUACCUUCUUUAAAAGCAAAACCAAAAAAGACUGAAGAAUGUAGUUUGAAAAAAAUGAAUUGUAUCUAGAAGAAGAAUUGACUGAAGAUUUCUCAGUUGGUGACAUUAUUUUUAGGAGGCAUACUAGAUUGGGAUGUAUGAAACAGUCAAACCAGAACCUCACACCAAUUAUUUUUUCUUCAUCUGGUCUCCUUCAGAAACACUUCUCUGUUCCACUUCAAGAAAGGAUUUUGUUUUCCUCUUCAGCUAAUUUCCCCUCCUUAUUUCAUUAAUGUAUGGCUCCAUUGAUGUUCUCAGUAGCUUUUAUUCUCCAACAAAAACCAGAAGACUGUCUGCCUUUAAAUACACGCGUAACAAGAGAUCUGAGCCACCCAAGGAGUUUACCUUUCUUCCUGAUGCACUGACAUUUAAAAGCUACAUCUUACAAUAAAGCAGAAAAACUGUGGCAGUCCGAUUACAUGCAGUUUUCGUAGAGUAAACACUUGAUUAUUCAACAAUGAGUCAUUUCUGCAGUAACCUCAUUCUGUCAUGACUGUAUCACAUCUGCUAACUCUCCAAAGCAAAAAUCAUAACCCGUACUGGUUUAAAACAUGAAUACAGCCUCGUGGUUCAUACAUAACACCCUAUUCAACCAAAGAAGCUGUGUGCUAGAAGUUUAAAAGGGCAAAACACUUGUUCAUAAAGAGAAAAUAUCAUAGAGAAGAACAACAAAGAUAAUUAUGAAAAAAGCUUCUCCAUUCUUUAGCUCUUCUCACAGUGGCUGGCUUCUCCCUUAUUCAAGUGUCUCUUCAUUCUGUUAGCCUUUGUGUUGUUGGAGCGUAGUGUCUUUGGAACAUAGCGUAUUGGAGCUAGGGUGGUUCUGCUGCCCCCUGAAUUGACUCCCUGCCUUUCGCCAUAUUGUUAGUGUUGACCUCAAUCAGAGCUGAGGCAGGCCUGAGUGGAGCAGAACCUCCUCCCCAUAAUGCCCUGCUGUUCUCAAACCAGCCUCUACUGAUGGGAUGAGAACACUGGAGGCAGAAUAUGGCUCCUGGAUCUUAAUUUGGUUCACAAUGAUAAGAUACAGAAGAAGGCUUCUCACUGCUAGACAUUUUAGCAUUUUUGCUAAACUAAUUGUAACACUGCAAUUUUAAUCAAAUGUAUUUAACGUUUUCUGUAACAGUAAUUUCAUCAAUUUUGAUGGAAAAGAGAGGAAACAGCAAAUAAGGAUAGUGUGAUAAUGACAAGAUAGUAAAUUGAGAAAUGGUUUAAGUGAAAUAUAGCCAACAUUCAGUAAGCUCCUUUUUAUAAGUGGCUAUACCUAAGAGCACCUUUUGUAUGUUAAAACUAAGCAAUGCUAGUCGAUAGAAGUGCAUGUGGACUACUACUUAAAAUGAACUAUGAUAAAUGGUAGUUGAAUUUACUUCCUUUCACUUCUUUCUUGAAUACACAGGAGAUACAUGUAGGAAGGAUGAUCUAGUAUUUUUUGUAGAGCACGUCAUUUGGGGUAUACCAUCCAAAGACGUGCUGCUGUUGUCAGCUGCAGAAGUGGUCAAGAACUUCAGUUAAAUAAGGGCUCCAGAGUGCUUGGUGCAGUAAAGAUACAUACUGAAUGCCCACUUCGUUGUAUAGCACUUUGGUCUGCCAGUAAUGAAAUCUUUUUGACACAGCAUGAUUAUUUUGCUUACCCUUGUUCCACUCUAGUAUCUAUGCUUGUCCACCAAUAAAUGGUCUAAGGAGAGGAUGGAAAAUCACUUUGCUGAAUCCAUUACAUUCCCGUCAUGUGUAUGUGAACACGUGGUGGUGGUCUGAGCUUUUGUAAUGAAAAGAGUUUAAAAAAAUUAAGAGGUCUCAAUAUUUUAAUCUAUCCUUUGAAAUCAGUUUCUGCCUCUGAUAAGCUGCAGAUUUGCUUAAAGUAAGAGUAAAUAAUGGCAGCUGCUGUUGUUUUCUUUGUAAGAUCAAUGUUUGGGAUAGUGCAUAUAAUGGAGCCACAAGUUCAUAGAUGCACAAUGCAAGAUUGUUUUCAGAAGUUCAGUAUUAAUAGUUAUAGUGUUAACCUGAAAGGUUGCAAUAAUUUUUCCAUCAAUCACAGUAGUAUUGGCUGGACCUGAAAAUUCAGUGGUCAGCAUGGCUACUGUGCCACUAGCAAGCUACAGGGUACUAAAUAAUGCAAGUUCAGCCUUUCAUGAAACUUAAAGGGAAAAAAGAUUCUGAAUAAAAGUAGAAAUGUAUAGUAAAGGCCAUGGGUAUACAGUUUAACCAUUACUUAUUUAAGUAUUAUUUAUCUAUUAUUUAAGCAAUUAGCAGCUAUACAAAUAAUGGAAUAAUUAGCUUCCAAAGCCUAUUUAUCAAUGAAAUAAUAUUUUUUUUUCUUAUUAGAAAUGCUAAGUUCAAUCUAUGUUCCAUUUGCUUUUUCCCCAAAUUGGAAAUAAAAUAAAAUGCUAAUGUAGCUAAGACACACUCCCAGGUCUGCACAAUAAAAUGUUACUGAUAGCCCUCUACUUGUCAUGAAAAACAUCAUUACUUUGUCUUGUAAUUGAAAAAUCCUUCCUCCCCCGGCCACAUACGUGGUAAAAUAUUAGUCACAUUAUGUGUAUCAGCACUACUGAAAUAAUAGAAAUUAGUACCUCCUACUCAAGAUCAGGGCUUAAAAACAUCCUUUGUCUGUUGAAAAAAUACAUUUUGAGGAGGAAACACCAACUGUUGUAGAGGUUAAAUUUUUAUUUGACAACUCCUAUACUUUUUUCCUCCCUCUUUAUGAAAGAAGUGCUUAUAUACGUAGACAGGCAUUUGCCAUUAGGGUGAUAUGUUCUCUUUCCAAGUAUGAAAGAGAUGAAACAUAGCAAGUAUCUCCUGUGAAGCAACCUUUAGUUUGUUUUGCAGCAUAAAAAAGUUCUCUUAGUGGCAAUGUACGAACUCUUCUUGUAAACCUGUUUUAGUCAUUGCAGGAAAUGAGUCUGUAGUCAGCUAAUUAGUAUUUUCCCUAAUGACUUAUGCCUGAGUCUUAACACAGAAAAGCAGCCUCUGGAGGUGCUCUCUAAUCAGUUCAGCACUGUAGACUUAAAAUGGACAGAUGGUUGAGUAUUUCACACUCUCUGGCCUUAGUGAAGAGCAAAGCAUGCCCUGUUCUGGAAGCAACUUCAAAGUUGUGCUUAAAGCAUAUAGAGAAUUUCCUUUCUCUGUUUAAGACAACAAAAAAACCCUCUCAUUUGUCUUUACUAAAUCCAGGUCUGAUAUGGAAUCUGUGCCAUGUUCUAAUUCAGGAGAGGAAAAGCCUUUCCUUUGAAUGAUAGAAAAAUUAGGUUGGAAAGGACCCCUGGGGUUUAUCUAGUCCAAUCUCCUGCUUGAAGCAGGGCCACUUUUGAGGUUGGAUCAGGUUGCACAGGGUUUGUCGUGAUGAAUUUUGAAAGUCUCCAAGGAUGGUGAUUCCACAGCAAAUUCUGCCAUUUCAUAUAUUCUCUGCCCUAUCAAGGUUGAUAAAAGUGCAGCAAGCACCUUUGUAAGUGUAUGUGGUUUAUUUUUUUGCCUUUUUUUUGGUGCACUGAUCUGAUUAGAGUCAAAUUCAGAUCUAGUGGGAGGAAGUGCAACCUCCAUUUUUCAAAGAGCUUCCACUAUUGACAUUAAGAACUCUUCUUUCUUCUUCAUUUACAUUGGACUAAGCCAGACCUGAUCAAGUUGAGUGUAUCAGUACACUCUCUCCCCUCUGUGUAUCUGAAGCCUGCUACUCAAACACUGAAGCUGAGGUCAUCAAUAGCAUAGGAUCAAAUUCAGGACAACUGGUAAAGUCUGUUUCUGUACUGUCUGAGAUCAGUGACAAAACCUUGACUGGCCACUAAGUUACUACACUGGCACCAAAGAAAGAAGAGGAUUUACUAAGAUUACUAUUUUUCUUCAUGAGUCACCUUAGCAAUGCCGACCCUCUUUCAAAUGCUGCUGGAAUGGCAAUGCAAAACAGAAAGCUUUCUUCUACCUCUUUCCUUUUUAAUUCUUCAAGCUUUACUUAUUCUGAUAGGAAUAACCAGAAAUGAGUUUUUAGUUGCCCUUUUAAAAACUAAACUCCAGACCAAACCUUUAAUUGCAUCAUUUGAAAGGCCACACAGUAGUGUUAAGCCGUGUCAUAAUGCACUCAGAAAGGAUCUGAAAGCCUGUGCUGAGAACAGCAACUCUCACCUGGUAAACUCAGCUGUACUGAGCAAGAAAUUGUGAUUUGUGCCUCUACAGAAAAUAUUCCAUUUGCAUCUUAUUAGAGCUACCUGAGGAGGAUAAAUAAUGUUGUGGAGACCAGGAAAUUUCUUAAAGUGCUUUACCUGGAGGUCAGUGGAAUUCCAUUUAUAAAUUAUGAAUGCAUGCAUUUUGAUGCUAAAAUUGUGUGACUUACAAAGUUUGAUAUUACUGUACUUUUCUGUGGACAGUGAUUUUUUUUGAAGUGGUGAAUGUAUUUUCCAAGAAUAUUGUAGACAUUUGUAACAUGUAUGUUUGUGCCAAUAAAUCUUGUUUUAA